AUGGCCUCCAAAACUCGAUUGAACGUUCAAUCAUUCCCACGGCCGCCCCUGCUCGAAAGGACGAUCCGCCAUUUGCAGAUCAAAUGGAACAAUCAGCUAAUCGCCGAUACGAAAGAAGCUUUUUGGGUGCUUGAAACCCAUCAUCCGCCCACAUACUACUUACCUCCAGGCUCUAUCAAAGUCCCACUGGCACAAACGCCGCGGUCUUCGUACUGCGAGUGGAAAGGUAGAGCAACGUACUACUCUAUCACGGAUGAUGGACACACCGUCUCAAACCGCAUCUGGGCUUACCAUAAUCCCACCAGAGGGUUUGAGUCCAUCAAAGGGUUUUUGUCUUUCUACGCUGGUCCGUGGGACUGUUUUGUUGACGGCGAGAAGGUCGAGCCGCAGCCAGGCGACUUUUACGGUGGAUGGGUCACAGGUGACAUUGAUGGCAUUGUGAAGGGUAAGAAUGGGAAUUACGACCCCGUGAUAUAA